CGCUUGGCGCGGGGGCGGGAGAGCGUCGCGGAGGUCCUUUUCGGCCCCGGGGGAGCCCCGAUGGCGCCGGGCGAGACCCCGCGGAGGAGCAGCAGCGGCAGCAGCACCUACUUCCGACGCACCCGCCCGGCGUGGAUGCUGCUGGUGGCGGCCGGCCUGGGCUACUACGGCUGGGCCGUCUUUUCACCGGCAACCGUCCCCUAUGACUCCCUGGGACCUUUGGGCACCUUCACAAGAUACUUGGUGGAGAAUCACAAAGCCUCGCUGAACGUUGGGUAUGCCGUUGCUUGGAUAGUUCACGUCGCUGAAACAAUUUAUGCUCUGAAGUUGUGCCGGGACAAGGGCAUCACAGAUGCGUCAACCCAGUUCCAGUGGGCCGUCCAAACGUUCUUGUUUGGGAUUACUUCCCUGACCCACUUGCUGAAUUACGACCCGCUGAAGGAAACGAAACGCCAGUGAAGGACUCGGCUGGGAGAAGAACUGGGAAAUACAGUCAUGGUUCCUCUGGGUGUCGUUGUCUGUCUGAGGGCGGAGGUGUUGCGAAAUGCGUACGUUCUUGGGAAAGUUUCCCAUCUUCUAAAGGUGUGUCUUGGGUUUGCAACUCUAGGGGAAGUGAAGAAAGGAGCUUAUGAAUCUCUUCUUGAUUAAACAGGGACCUUUAUAAUUUGGUCAAAGAACGAAAUCCAAAUGUCCUCCACCACCAGUUGCUUUAUAGGGGCAGGAGAGCUUCCCACCAGACGUUCACUUCUGAGACACGUGAAGACUGGCUAAUGGCUAAUAUUACCCCACCCCCCCACCCGACACUGAGUUGCUGGGCCAUUAACUUAGUGCAUUGGUGUCCUGCCUGUUGUACAUAUUAAAUUUCAUGUCAAAAAUGAAGUCAAAUGAGG